CGGCGCAAACAGCCGGGCCAACUGCGCGUCCCGGUGCCCGCGCCCCGCCGCCACAGCCACCGCCACCGCCACCGCCGUGCUGCUCUCGAGCGCACGGAGCAUGGGCAGAUCCGCAGGCGCUCAGGUGCCGCAUGUUCCAGGGGCUUGUGAACAGCGGUGAUCUGCUGUCACGCCCAGACAAGACCUUUCCGUGGAGACCGCAGAGCGACAGCUUCGGCGCGGGUGACAGACACUGCGGCGUGCUUGCAGGGUGACAGCCGCCUCGCGGUUAAGACCUCCUGCGCUCCGUGCGCCCUCAGUCUCCCCAUCCUCCGCUCAUUUGCUCCCCAGUUCACACCCGCAGCCUCCGGAGCGCGACGUGUGAGUCCCUAGUCUGUGUCUUUUCCUAAGGAGCCUCCUCACUUCGGAGAUGCAAUGACAAGUUAAUAUGGGCGUCCACGUUUCGGUUUCCCAGGAAAAGAAUUGCCAGAGGCGGCCGUCCCUGAGCUUCUGAGCAGGCCGCCUGCUGCGACAUCCGCGCAGGUGGGACCCGCUGAGGGCAGUGACCAGUCCGCCACCCCGCCGGCGCGCUCGCAGGAUUUCACCAGCUCCCCAACCUGGGGAUUUUGCUCUUAUUUUUUUCCCUCUACUGUUGGUGGGCGCCUCGUGGGCCGAGGCCCGGCGCCUACUCGGCUGCCCGCGCUGCCUUUAGCGGUCGCCUCCGCAGCCGCUGCCAGGGACGUGCUGGGAAAGCCUAAGCCCCGGGAGAAGAUGCCGGCCAUCCUGGUAGCCUCCAAAAUGAAGUCGGGACUGCCCAAACCCGUGCACAGCGCCGCGCCCAUCCUGCACGUGCCCCCGGCCCGGACUGGUCCUCAGCCCUGCUACCUUAAGUUGGGAAGCAAGGUGGAGGUGAGCAAGACCGCCUACACCAGCCAGAUCCCCCUGAAAUCACAGGGACUGCAGGAGCCGACAGGGGAGGGGCUCCCAUUGCGGAAAAGCAGCUCUUUGGAGAACGGGUUCGAUACCCAGAUCUACACCGAUUGGGCCAAUCAUUACCUCGCCAAAUCUGGCCACAAACGCCUCAUCAAGGACCUCCAGCAAGAUGUGACUGAUGGCGUGCUCCUGGCCCAGAUCAUCCAGGUUGUAGCGAACGACAAGAUUGAAGACAUCAAUGGCUGUCCAAAGAACAGAUCGCAAAUGAUUGAAAACAUAGAUGCCUGCUUGAAUUUCCUGGCAGCUAAGGGAAUCAACACCCAGGGGCUGUCUGCAGAAGAGAUCAGGAAUGGGAACCUCAAGGCCAUUCUAGGCCUCUUCUUCAGCCUCUCCCGAUACAAGCAGCAGCAGCAGCAACAACAGCCCCAGAAACAGCCCCUGUCAUCAUCCCCUCUGCCACCUGCUGGGUCUCAGGUGGCCGGAGCGCCUUCCCAGUGCCAGGCUGGCAUUCCUCAGCAACAGGGGCUGGCCAUUCCCCAAGCCUCGUGCCAGCCUCUCCAGCCAGCUUCACAUCCGCAGGCAAAAACACAAGCGGAAAUGCAGUCCAGUGCAUCAUCCAAGGACUCAUCUCAAAGCAAAAUCAUCCGCUUCACUCUGGGUCAGAAAAAGAUCUCUAGACUUCCAGGUCCUACCGCAAGGGUGGCCGCUGCAGGCAGCGAGGCCAAAACACGUGGAGGGUCAGCCGCUGCCAACAACCGACGCAGCCAGAGCUUUAACAACUACGACAAAUCCAAGCCUGUCACCUCUCCACCUCCACCCCCACCACCAAGCAGCCAUGAAAAAGAGCCACUGGCAAGCUCAGCCUCCUCCCAUCCCGGAAUGAGCGAAAAUGUACCUGCUCCCUUGGAGAACAGCCCUGCCAUCCCUGUUAACUGCUCCUCAGCCAUCCCCCAGCCCAGCAUGACCUCCAAGCCCUGGCGCAGCAAGUCCCUCAGUGUGAAGCAUAGUGCUACAUCGUCUAUGCUCUCGGUCAAGCCCACUGGGCCUGAGGCCCCCAGGCCUGCACCUGAAGCCAUGAAGCCUGCCCCCAACAACCAGAAAUCCAUGUUGGAAAAACUCAAACUUUUCAACAGUAAAGGGGGCUCUAAGGCAGGUGAAGGCUCAGCGUCCCGGGACACAAGCUGUGAACGAUUGGAGAUCCUGCCCAGCUUUGAAGAGAGCGAAGAGUUGGAGGCUACUAGCAGGGCACUCUCUACUGCAGGGCCUGCGUCCAGCAGCCCCAAGAUUGCUCUCAAGGGCAUCGCGCAGCGAACUUUCAGCAGGGCGCUUACCAACAAGAAGAGCUCCCCGAAGGGCAGCGAGAAAGAGAAGGAGAAACAGCAACGGGAGAAGGAGAAGGAAAAGGAGAAGGGCAAGGACUUUACCAAGAGAGUUUCCGUGACUGACCGGCCUGACCUCAAGGAGGAACCCAAGGAAGAGCUCAGUGGGGUGGUUGUGACUGAGAUGCCAAAAAAGUCCUCCAAGAUUGCCAGCUUUAUCCCCAAAGGUGGGAAGCUCAACAGCACCAAGAAGGAGGCCACAGCUCCAUCCCACAGUGGAAUACCAAAACCAGGAAUGAAGAACAUGCCUGGGAAGUCCCCAAGUGCCCCCAUACCUCCCAAGGAAGGAGAGCGGAGCCGAGGGAAGCUGAGCUCAGGGCUUCCCCCACAGAAGCCCCAGCUGGACAGCAGACACUCCAGCUCCUCCUCCAGCUUGGCAUCCUCAGAGGGAAAAGGCCCCGGUGGGACCACUCUGAACCACAGCAUCAGCAGUCAAACUGUCAGUGGCUCUGUUGGGACCACCCAGACCACUGGAAGCAAUACCGUCAGUGUUCAGCUACCUCAGCCUCAGCAGCAAUACAACCAUCCCAACACAGCCACAGUUGCACCUUUCCUGUACAGGUCCCAGACAGACACCGAGGGGAAUGUCACGGCAGAGUCCAGCUCAGCGGGGGUGAGCAUGGAGCCCAGCCACUACACCAAGAGUGGACAGCCUGCUCUGGAGGAACUCACUGCAGAAGAUCCCGAGGCUCGGCGGCUGCGGACAGUAAAGAACAUCGCGGACCUACGACAGAAUUUAGAAGAGACGAUGUCCAGUUUACGGGGAACUCAGGUUACACACAGUACAUUAGAAACUACAUUUGACACCAAUGUCACCACGGAGAUAAGUGGCCGCAGCAUCCUCAGCUUGACAGGAAGGCCCACUCCUCUGUCCUGGAGACUCGGCCAGUCCAGCCCUCGGCUCCAGGCAGGCGAUGCCCCCUCAAUGGGCAAUGGGUACCCACCUCGAGCCAAUGCCAGCCGCUUCAUCAGCGCAGAGGCCGGCCGCUAUGUCUACUCUGCCCCUCUGAGAAGGCAGCUGGCCUCCAGGGGCAGCAGUAUCUGCCACGUGGACGUCUCGGACAAGGGAGGCGAUGAGGUGGACCUGGAAGGCAUCAGCAUGGAUGCCCCUGGCUACAUGAGUGAUGGGGAUGUCCUGAGCAAGAACAUCCGGAGUGACGACAUCACGAGCGGGUAUAUGACCGAUGGCGGGCUUGGCCUCUACACUCGUCGCCUGAACCGGCUUCCUGAUGGGAUGGCUGUGGUGCGAGAGACCCUACAACGAAAUACCUCCCUGGGCCUCGGAGAUGCUGACAGCUGGGAUGACAGCAGCUCCGUCAGCAGCGGCAUCAGUGACACCAUAGACAAUCUCAGCACGGAUGACAUCAAUACCAGCUCAUCCAUCAGCUCCUAUGCCAACACGCCUGCCUCCUCCCGGAGAAACCUGGAUGUACAGACUGACGCUGAGAAGCACUCCCAGGUGGAGAGGAAUUCCCUGUGGUCUGGUGACGACAUCAAGAAGUCAGAUGGAGGCUCAGACAGUGGAGUAAAGAUGGAGCCGGGCUCCAAGUGGAGGCGGAACCCUUCAGACAUGUCAGAUGAGUCAGACAAAAGUGUGUCUGGCAAGAAGAACCCCGUCAUCUCUCAGACAGGCUCAUGGCGGCGAGGCAUGACAGCAGAAGUGGGCAUCACCAUGCCAAGGACAAAGCCAUCAGCUCCGGCUGGCUCCCUGAAGACCCCAGGGACUGGAAAAACAGACGACGCCAAGGUGUCUGAGAAGGGAAGGCUUUCGCCCAAAGCCUCCCAGGUCAAGCGUUCCCCUUCGGAUGCCGGCCGUAGCAGUGGGGAUGAAUCCAAAAAAACCCUUGCCAGCACCUCUAGGACGCCCACUGCCAAUGCCAACAGCUUUGGGUUCAAGAAACAGAGUGGUUCUGCCGCCGGGCUGGCCAUGAUCACAGCCAGUGGGGCCACCAUCACUAGCAGGUCUGCCACACUAGGUAAAAUCCCCAAGUCAUCGGCCCUUGUCGGUCGGUCCACGGGUCGGAAGACGAGCAUGGAUGGAGCCCCAAACCAGGACGAUGGGUAUCUGUCUCUCAGCUCUCGAACGAACUUACAGUACCGGAGCCUGCCCAGGCCCAGCAAGUCCAACAGCCGGAAUGGGGCAGGGAAUAGAUGUAGCACCAGCAGCAUCGACUCUAACAUGAGCAGCAAGUCAGCGGGCCUGCCAGUGCCCAAGCUGAGGGAGCCCUCCAAAACAUCCCUGGGCAGUUCGCUGCCAGGACUUGUCAACCAGACAGACAAGGAGAAAGGCAUCUCUUCAGACAACGAGAGCGUGGCUUCCUGUAACUCCGUAAAAGUGAACCCGGCUUCCCAGCCAGUGUGCAGCUCAACGCAGGCCACUGUCCAGCCAGGGACCAAGUAUUCAGAUGUGGCUUCUCCCACACUCCGCAGACUCUUUGGUGGGAAGCCUACCAAGCAAGUGCCCAUCGCCACAGCUGAAACCAUGAAAAGCGCAGUGGUCAUCUCCAACCCUCACGCCACUAUGACCCAGCAAGGUAACCUAGAGUCCCCCUCAGGCAGUGGCGUCCUGAGCAGUGGGAGCAGCAGUCCUCUCUACAGUAAGAACGUGGACCUCAACCAGUCUCCUCUAGCCUCCAGCCCCAGCUCGGCCCACUCGGGCCCUUCCAACAGCCUCACCUGGGGUACCAGCUCGUCGGCAGUGAGCAAGGAUGGCCUGGGCUUCCAGUCUGUCAGCAGCCUGCACACCAGCUGCGAGUCCAUUGACAUAUCCCUCGGCAGCGGUGGGGGAUUGAGUCACAACUCUUCCCCUGGUCCAGUCACCUCCGCUAAGGAAGAUUCCCUGCUGCCUUUUGUCCGCACCAGCAGUGUGAAGACCACACUGUCAGAAAGCCCUCUCUCUUCCCCUGCUGCUAGCCCUAAGUUCUGCAGAAGUACUCUGCCCAGGAAACAGGACAGUGACCCGCACCUUGAUAGGAACACUUUGCCUAAGAAAGGACUCAGGUAUACACCCACCUCCCAGCUUCGCACACAGGAAGACGCCAAAGAAUGGUUACGGUCCCACUCUGCUGGGGGCCUGCAGGACACCGCUGCCAACUCCCCCUUUUCCUCUGGCUCUAGUGUCACUUCUCCCUCCGGAACAAGAUUCAACUUCUCCCAGCUUGCAAGUCCCACCACUGUCACCCAGAUGAGCUUGUCCAACCCAGCGAUGCUGAGGACCCACAGCCUGUCCAAUGCAGACGGCCAGUAUGAUCCCUACACUGACAGCCGCUUCCGGAACAGCUCCAUGUCUCUGGAUGAGAAGAGCAGAACAAUGAGUCGAUCGGGCUCCUUCCGGGAUGGGUUUGAGGAAGUUCACGGAUCCUCACUGUCCUUGGUCUCCAGCACGUCUUCCAUCUACUCCACGCCAGAAGAGAAAUGCCAGUCAGAGAUCCGAAAGCUGCGGCGGGAGCUGGAUGCCUCCCAGGAAAAGGUGUCUGCGCUGACCACCCAGCUGACCGCCAAUGCUCACCUCGUGGCAGCCUUUGAGCAGAGUCUGGGAAACAUGACCAUCAGACUGCAGAGUCUAACGAUGACCGCAGAGCAGAAGGAUUCAGAACUGAAUGAAUUAAGAAAAACCAUCGAGCUGCUAAAGAAACAGAAUGCAGCUGCCCAGGCUGCCAUUAACGGAGUGAUCAACACACCAGAGCUCAGCUGCAAAGGAAACGGCAGCACCCAGGCUGCAGACCUGCGUAUCCGCAGGCAGCACUCCUCUGACAGCGUCUCCAGUAUCAAUAGUGCCACCAGCCACUCGAGCGUGGGCAGCAACAUAGAGAGCGACUCGAAGAAAAAGAAGAGGAAAAACUGGGUCAAUGAGUUGCGCAGUUCCUUCAAGCAAGCCUUUGGGAAGAAGAAGUCCCCUAAGUCCGCAUCCUCACACUCCGACAUCGAGGAGAUGACCGAUUCUUCAUUGCCUUCCUCACCAAAGUUGCCACACAAUGGAUCCACUGGCUCUACCCCGCUGCUGAGGAAUGCCCACUCCAACUCUCUGAUUUCUGAGUGUAUGGACAGUGAGGCAGAGACGGUCAUGCAGCUACGAAAUGAGCUGAGAGACAAAGAGAUGAAGCUGACAGACAUCCGCCUAGAGGCGCUCAGCUCCGCCCACCAGUUGGACCAGCUCCGGGAGGCCAUGAACAGGAUGCAGAGUGAAAUUGAGAAGCUGAAAGCUGAGAAUGACAGACUGAAGUCUGAGUCUCAAGGCGGUGGCUGCAGCCGGGCCCCCUCCCAGGUCUCCAUCUCCACUUCCUCAAGGCAGUCUUUAGGCCUCUCACAGCACAGCCUGAACCUCGCAGAGUCCACCAGUUUAGACGUGUUGCUGGAUGACACUGGUGAAUGCUCGGCUCGGAAGGAAGGAGGCAGGCAUGUUAAGAUAGUUGUCAGCUUUCAGGAGGCAAUGAAGUGGAAGGAGGACUCCAGACCGCACCUUUUCCUUAUUGGCUGCAUCGGAGUCAGUGGCAAGACGAAAUGGGACGUGCUCGAUGGGGUGGUUAGACGGCUGUUCAAAGAAUACAUCAUUCAUGUGGACCCAGUGAGUCAGCUGGGGCUGAAUUCAGACAGUGUCCUCGGCUACAGCAUCGGUGAGAUCAAGCGCAGCAACACCUCAGAAACCCCCGAGCUGCUCCCGUGUGGCUAUCUGGUGGGAGAGAACACCACCAUCUUGGUGACUGUCAAGGGGCUCCCGGAAAACAGCCUAGACGCUCUGGUGUUUGAAUCCCUGAUCCCCAAGCCCAUCCUGCAGCGCUACGUCUCCCUGCUGACAGAGCACCGGCGUAUCAUCCUCUCGGGCCCCAGCGGCACUGGGAAAACCUACCUGGCCAACCGGCUCUCGGAGUAUGUGGUUCUCAGGGAAGGACGGGAGUUGACAGAUGGUGUCAUUGCCACCUUUAACGUGGAUCACAAGUCCAGCAAGGAGCUUCGCCAGUAUCUGUCCCACCUGGCCGACCAGUGUAACAGCGAGAACAAUGCCGUGGAGAUGCCACUGGUCAUCAUCCUGGACAACCUGCACCACGUGAGCUCUCUGGGAGAGAUCUUCAAUGGGCUGCUUAACUGCAAAUACCAUAAAUGCCCUUAUAUCAUCGGCACGAUGAACCAGGCUACCUCUUCCACUCCUAACCUGCAGCUUCAUCAUAACUUCAGGUGGGUGCUUUGUGCCAACCACACAGAGCCCGUGAAGGGUUUCCUCGGCCGCUUCCUGAGGAGGAAGCUCAUGGAGACGGAGAUCAGUGGGCGGGCGCGCAACACGGAGCUGGUGAAAAUCAUCAAUUGGAUCCCCAAGGUCUGGCAUCACCUCAACCGCUUCCUGGAGGCCCACAGCUCCUCGGAUGUCACCAUUGGUCCCCGGCUCUUCCUGUCAUGUCCCAUCGACGUGGAUGGUUCCAGAGUGUGGUUCACUGACCUAUGGAACUACUCCAUCAUUCCCUACCUCCUGGAAGCUGUCAGAGAAGGCCUCCAGCUCUAUGGCAGGCGUGCCCCCUGGGAAGACCCUGCCAAGUGGGUAAUGGACACCUACCCAUGGGCUGCCAGCCCACAGCAGCACGAAUGGCCUCCGCUCCUGCAGCUCCGGCCUGAGGAUGUGGGCUUCGAUGGCUACUCCCUGCCUCGGGAGGGGUCAACAAGCAAGCAGGUGCCCCCCAGUGAUGCUGAAGGAGACCCGCUGAUGAACAUGCUGAUGCGGCUGCAGGAGGCAGCCAACUACUCCAGCCCCCAGAGCUAUGACAGUGACUCCAACAGCAACAGCCACCAUGACGACAUCCUGGACUCAUCCCUGGAGUCCACUCUGUGACCGAGGCCCCCUUUUCCCCUCACCCCAUCCCGCCUGCAUCCUCCACUUCAUUCUGAAGAUGACUUCCUGAGCCAACCCUGGCUGCCACAGCCUCGAAGCCAGAGCAGAGCGGCAGGAACAGGCGAGCCUCAUCCCUUGCGCUCUGCCCUCGCACGCACGCACGAGCAGCCCAGGACCUCCUCCUCCCGGGGUGACGACUGUAUGAGCCUCUCUUCUACUCUCCUUUCUCCUUCUGCCUUGUUGACGGGACCUCCGUGAGACGCCGAAGACACUUCACGGGAAAGGAUCCUUACCGUCGAAAUAUAAAGAGAUUCGAUGAAAAUUUUACACGUAAGAUUCCACUUGGUGCCCUGAAACCCAGCAGCAUCCCCCUACAAGCACCCCCCAGACAGAAAAGACUAAACCCGCCUUGGAAACACAGACAGCAGGGUUUCCCUCAGCACAGACCCACCUGCUCGGGUCUGGCCACCAGCACCCCAGAGCCAUGCCACCCAUCCCCCACAGAAGAACUGGUGCUAACGAGGGCGCUUGCUCGGAGCGCCACCCAGGGACACCACUACAUCCUAGUCUCUGUUUGCCACAUGGUGCUCUCCUUCCCGAGAGGUAUCUUGUCUGUUCCAAUACACCCCUCUCCCCUUCUCAGCACCCCCCCCCUGGGCCCCAGUUAUCCCUGAGAGCAAGAGAAGAGGUGAGCAUGCCAGUGAGAGCGGAUGGGGCUAGCCACACAGAGGAGCGCGCCUGUUUCCUUGGUCUGUCUAAAUGGUCAGGUUUCCGUCCGCAAACACUGUGUACUGUGAAAGUAGUUCUUUGGAGAACUCUCGACCCCUGCCUGUGUCUGCCUUUCUGCCUGGUUGAUUGUGACGGUUUCCCCACCCUCAGCCCUCCCCCACGAGAAUCAGUCCUUUGGUGGAAGCAAGAGCUGAAAAGUAGUUGAGUUUAGCUCCUCCUCAGCUUGGGUUUUCAGUGUCCAUCGUCACAGCUCUGUGCCCUUGCCGUCUCCCGUGGGGCUACGGGCAUCUGCAUCCCUGCAGAUGGGUGAGGGCCAGUUCUCCUCCUGUGGCUGAGCUACAGACCUUGCCUGUCCUUCUCAUCUCUGAGAACUGAGAACCCCACCUCAGUCACCCCCAAACCCCAGCUGCAGGAGGAGUUGAUAACGUAUGUCCCCUCUUCAAACGCUGGCACUUUCCUCAGAACCAACAGCUUAGCCAGGGAGGGGCAGUCACUCUUCCCAGAAGCCUGGCCCUGCCUCUGUCCUGAUGAGCCUCGUCUGACCUCUUUGGUGCUGACCCCCCGCCCCAUGCAAUGCCUUACUGGUUUCGUACUGACCGUGUCUGUUCACGUGAGUGUUGUGCCUGCCUUGGGAUGUGUGCGAGUGUGUUCCCCACCCAAGUAAACAGGGCUAUAAGUCAUCUGUUCAUAAAGAGAACACGAGUUGCCAACUUCUCAUCCAAAAGACUCAUCUGUGUGGAUGUAUGGUUGUGGGAAAAAGAAAAAAGAGAGAGAGACCCAUUUUCUUUUUAAGUUCCUAUCAGUCUCCAGCCGACAACCUCACUGGACAGUGACCCCCCCACACACACACAAGUCCAUGUGACAUUGCAAAUCCAUUUCUGGGAUGCCUAAGCGUCCCCCUUUGUUUUAGAGUCUUUCCUGGCUCCAGUGAGGGGGUCUCUGUUAACAAUCAGGGUUUUAAAUUCCAUCUUUUCCUAUUUUGUUCUUGAACGUUUGUCUCUUGGGAAUUUUUUUUUUAAUUAUUUUAAUUUUCAGUUUCUUACCCUAAGAGCUUAACCCAAAACUUCUCCCUUUGCUUGGGAUGGCACUGUUUUGCUUCCUCCUCCUCAAGAGGAAAAUGAGUGUGUGCUAUUAACUGGCAAACACAACCAUUUCCCGCUCCCUGUUGUAAUCCCAGCCUCAGCAUCCACCACUCACAUGGGUGUGAGUGUGUUCCCUGUUGUUUUGUUUGUAAUAAACCAUUUAAAGCGUGUGUCUAGCCUGUGACCAGGGCCAAACCCUGAGCCUUCUUCCAGCGUCCCUGAAGGGUAGCCCUUCCCAGUUUAUCUCCCAACAACGACCGUACACUCUCAUACUGUGAAUUUGGGAGGUUGUAAAAUCGAAUCCCUCCUCCUACAUAGUUUUCUCAGUCACCUUAGGCGUAUACCCUGCCUGUGUUGUUUGGACCCGUUCUCCCCAUCCCCAGUGCCCAGCCUUUCCUGCCCCGACAUCCAGGUUCACAACAGAAACCUGCGUACCUACUACUGCCUGGCAGGCGAGCGGCAGCAGAGUUAAACUUGAGUGCCUCCCAGCUCAGCCACCUUCCUGAAGCUCUGGGAAGCGGGGCUGUCGAAAGGCCCACUUCCUCCUAUGUCGUGAUUCUACCUUCCUGUCGCUCAACCCUGGACAAAGUGACUUUGUACUCAUUUAGGGCUCUGUCUGAAAUGCUUCCGUUUUGCCUUUUUAUAUAGAUAGGCUAAUUUUGAAACGUAAGAAAUGCUAUGCAACACUGGCGCUGAGGUCCCAGUGGGAGCCAAAAGUUUUCUUCCCAAGAGGCCAAGAAUCCUGCGGGGCCCUCGGCAAGAUGGGAAGUCCUUUUAAUUUAAGGUUAGGGUGGGGUGGGAGUGUGACAAGGGCAAAGCUUGCCCAAAUCUUCUUCUGACCUUGGGGACAUUUUAAAUUUUAUUGUUUAAUGCUCGACUUUAAAAUUCCACUUGCCCAGGUUUGACCGUGGCAAAUCUACUUCAAAAGCAAAAUGGUCCAGCCUUGCGGCUGUUGGACGGGAGGUUUGCUGUUUUGACCUGCUUGCUUCAGGCUGAGCGGUUUAAGAAACAUGUUCUAUAAGAUGUACAUUUUUUUUUCAUUGUAACAUAGAAAUUGUAAAUAAUCGAGGAAACUGCUGCAUUUUGAUGACUUUUUUCUAGCCAUUUUUAAAGAGAAAACUAGGAACUGAGUAUUUUGUGUACGGUAUGUGUCCACCUCCACCCCCCUCCCUCCCUCCCUAUUUAAUCUUCAUUUGUCAUGAGGUUUUUGGGUUUAAGAACAAUCCGCUGGAGAUCUGCCCCAUGUCAUAGAAAAAUAAAGCUAAUGAUUGUACCACUCUUAAAUUAUUCAUGAUUCAAUAAAGUUAAUGCUUAUUUAUUCA